AUGGGUAACGCCUUUACUCGCGAGACUCCCCAGCCUCAGCCUCAGCCACUGCCCCAGCCCCAGCCACUGCCUCGUCAACUGCCGCCACGACCUAAUCGGCUCCUUGGGGCACCUGAAGAGUUACAUACGACCCCAACUCCAUUCAGACUCCAUAAUCGGGAUCCUAAUUUCCAGUUCGAGAACGAGCGGCAGGCUCUUCACGCCCAGACACCUGGGACUUUGAGGCAACUAUCACGGAAACCAUGCCGGUUCUUUGCUAAGGGCGAUUGCAAAAAGGGGGGGUCAUGCACCUUCUUACAUGAGAAUACGAAGGGUAGAGAAGAAGCCACAGCGUCAAGGGAUGACGAGAUCAUAGACGAUUCAACUCGAGAAUUUGGAGGAGCCUGGGCUGAGUUUGGUAAUGGAGCAACCACCGAUCGAGUCUCUCUACCGUCUGACUUUUCCGCCAUCCGCAUCGGCAACCUCCCGAGUGAUUCCUCAGUCAUAUCCGUCUUAAAUUUGCUGUCGGAUGUAGACUUGACCAUAUCGCCAAACGACGUGCGCCUCACGAAACACACCGACUCUACAAAAUGCACUGCUGUAGUCAAAGUCAAAGACCCAUCGUUCUCAAAGGAAGCUUGCAGAAAGCUAGGCACCUGCAUCACACUUAGAGACCUCGAGGUAGCUACUAUACCCGUUCCGCUGCCAAAGGGGUCUAAAUUUCACCAAGUUGAUUGCAGACAGGUGCAAUGUUCGUGGCAUCGGCCAACCCGAGCAGUGCAUCUCUUCUUUGAUAAUAAGCAUAUUGCUUCGAGGCUUCAACAGAAGCUUCGUAGUGGAAAAGUGAAAGUGAACAAAGCGAAAAUCAUGGCUUAUCCACCCAUACCUCAAAAGAACCAAGAAAGUGAAACGAGCUGGAUGGUCAAGUUAACGCAUUUGCCUGAGACUGUCAAGGAGGAAGAUAUCACACAGGCCAUUCCUAAGCUAGACAGGCCUCGCCGAGUUGAAAUGGGAGAAAUGAGCUAUGUCGCUGACAUGGAGAUUGAUUCGACUUUGAUCCAGUCCAUGCUUUAUGAAUUUGGGCCACUGGAGAAAUGGGAAGUUUCUGACACAUCAAAAGGGGCGCGAGUCAAAGCCCAUGCGACUUUCAUGGAGGAAUCUCAAGCCCACCAUGCCGCAUCGACCCUUGACGGAAAGCCGUUGCCGUUCUGCGACACGAGCAAACUGUUUGUCGAGGUCGUCACCUCGGUGAGGUUCAAGGUAUCGACACGUGUUUACGACGUCAUUCAGCAGCGAAUCAACGCUCACAAGAGCUCUUGGGAUCGUCAGUAUAUCCAUUUCUUUGCCUUUCCUUCACGUGGCUUCUAUCGUGUCCUGAAGCUCGAAGGUAGAGACCGCGAGUCAGUUGCGAAGGCAAAACAGGACCUCGAUCUCAUUCUUGCCGGAGAGGUGAUGAGACUAGAUGGAAAGGCUAUCUUAUACCCAGGAUCCAAGAUCAGUCGAGAAUCUUACAAAAGACUCAAGAUGGUUGAGGAGGAGUUGGGUGUCGUUAUCAUUCGUGAUAUGCGGACUUCCCAGUUUCGUGUCUUUGGUGCUGAAGCACGUCAGGCUUUGGCAACAAAAGCUGUGGAUCGUCUCGUCAAAGAGACGAUUUCUGCUCAACGCUUUAUUUCACUCAGUCAGGAGCCGGAUUUUAGAUGGGCCGUGGAUGGAGGGUUCAGAGCACUCGAAUCACAGCUAGGAAGCGACAAGGCCUCGUUUGACAGGGAAUCGAGACGUAUUAUAAUUCAGGGAUCUGAGAGAGACUUUGCCGAUGCCAAAUCCAUUGUGGCAUCAAAACAAAAGAAUUUCUCAGGGGAACGCCGAAGGGGGGAGACGGAAUGCUCGGUUUGCUUUUGUGAAGCCGAUGAGCCGAUCCACACUUCUUGCAAUCAUACCUACUGCGGUCUUUGCUUCAUUGACAUGUGUCAAGCACAAGCAUCGGCUCCAUUGCAGUUUUGCAUCACCUGCCUUGGAAACUCAGACCAGUGCGGUCACAUAUUUGAGCUUGCGGAAAUUCGCAACCUUCUUCUAUCGGAGACAUUCGAGGACAUCCUUGAAGCAUCUUUUCGGUCGUUUGUUCAACGUCAUCCAGACCAACUCCGAUAUUGCCCUACUCCUGAUUGCUCUCAGGUUUACCGUGUUGUCCCCAAGACGGAGAAACACCCGGCAACCUUUACCUGCGACAAGUGCCUGGCCUCCAUUUGCGCAGCCUGCCACACCUCUCAUCCUGGCGUCACCUGUGCGCAGCGUGAGGGAGAUUCCUCUGGCGACCUCCAGGCCUUGAACAAGGUAAAGAAGGAGUUGGGGAUUCAAGAUUGCCCGAGAUGCGAAACCUCCAUGGAGAAGACUGAGGGCUGCAAUCACAUGACUUGCAAAGGAUGCAGUUGUCAUAUUUGCUGGGUAUGCCUAGCUACGUUCAAUGAAGGUUCGGUCUGCUAUGCGCACAUGAGGAGGCUACACGGAGGUAUCGGCAUUUAA